GCCAUUUUGUUAAGCGUUUAGAAAAGAAAAACAUCGUAAACUCGGGACAGAAACGCUGAUGUUAAUGUCACACAGUGUGACACAACAAGGACUAGUGACUAAAGGAGUGUAAUCCAUUCUAGCAAAAGAGAUAAGACUGUUCAGGAUACUUCACUAAUCCUCAAAGAUGGAGAUGUCUGAUCUGGACACAGAUAAUGGAGCCCCGUCCUCAAUAAAGGGUACAAUCAAGAUAAAGAGAUCAGAUUCACCAACACCCAGCUGUGUCUCCAUGAAGAGUGAUGACUCUAUGGCUCAUCCUCCAGACUUUAAAGAUGGAGACUCCUCAUCUGUACACAGUGAAAUCCAGAUAAAGAGAUCAGACUCACCAACACCCAGCUGUGUCUCCAUGAAGAGUGAUGAGUCUAUGGAUUAUCUUUGGAACUUUAAAGAUAGAGACUCCUCAUCUGUACACUGUGGUCUGCAGAUGGCAGGAAAUGGAAUAGAAAAGAAAAUCACAGAUACAGGGCACAACCCAGAAACUGCUGUAAAUGAAUUAAAGGUAUAUUUUAAAGUAAAUCUGUUGAAGAAGUUUGAGUGGUUGAAUGGCGUGAUGAUAAACCAGGGAAACACAAUACUCCUGAAUGAGAUCUACACAGAGCUCUACAUCACAGAGGGAGACAGUGGAGAUGUCAAUAAUGAACAUGAGGUGAGACAGAUUGAGGCAGCAUCCAGGAGAAAAACAACAGAGGAAACACCAAUCAAGUGCAAUGACAUCUUUAAGCCCUUAUCUGAAGAAGACAACGCCAUCAGGAACGUUCUGACAAAGGGAGUCGCUGGCAUCGGAAAAACAGUCACUGUGCAGAAGUUCAUUCUGGACUGGGCUGAAGGGAAAGCAAAUCAGGAUGUCCACCUCAUAUUUCCACUUCCUUUCAGAGAGCUGAAUUUGAUGAAGGACCAAAAACUGAGUCUGAUGGAGCUCCUUCAUGUCUGUUUUAAGGAGAUAAAAGAGACAAACAUUUCCAGUUUAGAAAAAGUCCUGUUUAUUUUUGAUGGAAUGGAUGAGUGUCGGUUCCCUCUAGAUUUCCAGAACACAGUGAGAGUGUGUGAUGUAACUGAAUCAGCACCAGUGCAUGUGCUGCUGAUAAACCUGAUCAAAGGGAAUCUGCUUCCCUCUGCUCUCAUCUGGAUCACUUCCCGACCAGCAGCAGCUGAUCAAAUCCCCUCUGAGUGUGUCGAUCGAGUCACAGAGAUAAGAGGGUUCAAUGACCCACAGAAGGAGGAGUACUUCAGGAAGAGGAUCAGUGAUCAGAACCUGGCCAAUAACAUCAUCACACACCUGAAGUCGUUAAGAAGCCUCUACAUCAUGUGCCACAUCCCAGUCUUCUGCUGGAUUUCAGCCACUGUUCUAGAGAGAAUGUUGGGCAAAGCAGAGAGUGGAGAGAUCCCCAAGACUCUGACUCAAAUGUACACACACUUCCUCAUCAUUCAGACAAACAUCAUAAGAGAAAAGUACUCAAAGAAGCAGGAGAGUUAUGAAGAAAUGGUUUUGAAACUGGGACAACUGGCUUUUCAGCAGCUGAUGAAAGGCAACCAGAUCUUUUAUGAGGAAGACCUGAAAGAGUGUGGCAUUGAUGUGACAGAAGCAGCAGUGUACUCUGGUGUGUGUACACAGAUCUUCAGAGAGGAGUCUGGGCUUCACCAGAGUAAAGUGUACUGCUUUGUGCAUCUGAGUGUUCAGGAGCAUCUCGCAGCUCUGUAUGUGUAUCUGACAUUCAUGAUGGAAAAGAGAAAUGUUCUAGAUCAGAGUCAGCCUUCAAAACUUCAAAAACCUCAAAACUUCAAAACUUCAACACUCUCAGAUGUCCACAAAAGUGCAGUACAUAAGGCCUUAAUAAGCCGGACUGGACAUCUGGAUCUUUUCCUUCGCUUUCUUCUGGGUCUCUCACUGGAGUCCAAUCAGAAUCUCUUGCAUGCUUUUGUAACACAGACAGGAAGUAGCUCCCAGAGCAAAGAGGAAACAGUUCAGUACAUUAAGAAGGAGAUCAGUAGAGACCUUCCUGCAGAGAAGUCCAUCAAUCUGUUCCACUGUCUGAAUGAACUGGGUGACAAUUCUCUAGUGGAGGAAAUCCAACACUACCUGAAGUCUGGAAAACAAAGUGAACUCUCUCCUUCACAGUGGUCUGCUCUGGUGUUUGUGUUACUGACAUCAGCGCAGGAGCUGGAAGAAUUUGACCUGAGUAAAUAUACCACUACAGACAACAUAUCAGACUGGGUUCUUGUGAAGGUGAUGCCUGUGGUUACAGAAUCCAGAAAAGCAAUUAUCAAGUGUGAUACAAUUCAAGGGAAAAGUUGGGCAGCUUUGGCCUCAGUGCUCAGAUCAGAAACCUCCAGUCUGAGAGAACUGCAUCUGACUGUGAAUAAACUGGAUCUUACGUGGAAUAAUCUAGGAGUCUCAGGAGUGGAGCGUCUCUCUGCUGUACUGGAGAAUCCUCACUGUAAACUGAAAACACUGAAGUUGUGGUAUUGUGAUGUGUCAGAUGAAGGCUGCACUGCUCUGGCUUCAGCUUUGAAAUCAAACCAUUUACACCUCAAAGAACUGGACCUGACUAAGAAUAAUCUAGGAGACCCAGGAGUGAAGCGUCUCUCUGCUGGACUGGAGAAUUCUCACUGCAAACUGGAGACACUGAGGUUGUUUAAAUGUGGUAUCUCAGAUGAAGGAUGUGCUGCUUUGGCUACAGCUCUGAGAUCAAACCCCUCACACCUGAGAGACCUGGACCUGUCUUAUAAUAGUCUAGGAGACUCAGGAGUGAAGCGUCUCUCUGCUGUACUGGAGAAUCCUCAAUGCAAACUGGAGACACUGAGGUUGUGUGGUUGUGGUGUCACAGAUGAAGGCUGUGCUGCUCUGGCUUCAGCUCUGAGAUCAAACCCCUCACACCUGAGAAAACUGAACCUGUCUGAGAAUCAACUAGGAGACUCAGGAAAGAAGCUGCUCUCUGAUCUUAAGGAUGAUGAAAGUAACGAACUACAGGAACUGAUGAUGAAGUGAACAUCUGUAUAUAUCUGAUGAAGACUCUGUGUGUUCCUGCAUUUCCAUGUUGGGGAACAGAGAACACGUUAAUAGACACCUAAGCUAGAUUCUCUCCAGGAAUGGUCAACGUCACUGUCUUCUGACUAUGAAUACAACUAAAGCUGUACGUCACCUGCUUCAGAUAUGCAUGUUGCUUUGACUGCAGCUUUCAGAACAUAGAGACAUGUUAAAAAAGGACUUGAUGGGACGCAGGCGAUGAGAGGAGGUCAUUCCUCCUGCAGUUAUCAUAAUGAAUCCUUUGCCAUUGUCCCUGAAUCCUGUGCUGGGUCAGCAUGGGCACUGUGACUGGUCCGCAGCUACGUAGCCCCAUACACAGCAAACUGUGAUGCACUGUGUGUUCUGUCGCCUUUUUAUCAGAGCCAGCAUUAACUUUUUCAGUAAUUUGUGCUACAGUAGCUCUUCUGUGGGAUCGGACCAGAUGGGCCUUCGCUCCCCACGUGCAUCAGUGAGCCUUGAGCGCCCAUGACCCUGUCGCCGGUUCACCGGUUGUCCUUCCUUGGACCACUUUUGGUAGGUACUAACCACUGCAUACCGGGAACACCCCACAAGGCCUGCUGCUUUGGAGAUGCUCUGACUCACUCGUCUAGCCAUCACAAUUUGGCCCUUAUCAAAGUUGUUCAGAUCCUUACACUUGCCCAUUUUUCCUGAUUCCAACACAUCAACUUCGAGAACUGACUUCACUUGCUGCUUAAUAUAUCCCAUCCACCAUUGUAAAGAGAUAGUCAAUGAUGUUCACUUCACCUGACAGUGGUUUUAAUGUUACGGUGUAUUUCAUUAAAUUAUAUUGCUCUUUUAUACUAUUACUAGAUUCCAGAUGGCAGAAAUGUAUUAAUGGGAGAAAUGUGUGAAUGAGAAAUCUAUUAAAUGAAACUUGACUACUUUUGUUGACUAUUUUAAUAAACCAUGUUAUUUUUAUAGUAA